AUGGCCUCUGGUUACGGUCUCAAUGGCGGCCCUUCACGCUGCUUUGCUUUCUGGCAAGAGCUCCUAGGAUGCUACGUCGUCAAUGGCGGAGAGGGUGACACUGGAAAGAAGAAGUGUAUCCCCGCCUACGAGGACUACUAUGAGUGCCUGCACCACAAGAAGGAGGUACGCAUGGAAACCCGGGAUUCACACCCUCCCCUCUUGCCAUCGACGGACCAGGGAAGGCGGGCAAUGCUGGAGAUUUGUAGUCUGAAUGAUGAGACGCUGACGAUUGAUGACUGGCAAAACCAGGCCCUGCGAACGAUGAAGAUGCAAGCCGCCUACCGCAAGGCGGAGGCCGCCCACCCACGAGAAAACGCACCCAAGGCCGAACAGAUCCGGAGCCUGGGACUGAUAGGCAAGGAGGAAGAGACAGCUGCGGUGCUGAAGGCAUGA